GUUGAAUAGAGCUCCUCUAACUACAUCGUUGCACCUCUGUUAGUCUUAAUUCAUUUGUCCGGUCCCACGCCUUCGCCGUGGCCCUGUCGCUCGCUAAACCAGCCGUAUUCCGACAACUUCCCCUCCGCUCAAUCUCUGGCUCGAGGAGUAGACGUCUUCUCUUCCCUUGAACUGAUACAAAGCAACUCACAAAGGCAACUGCAACAUCAAAGCACGCCCAGAUGUACAUGACAGCGAAGCAAUUGCAAUAACGUCGUUUCCCUCCCCCCUCCCCCUCACGGUUCAGCGCCGCUGCCUACCGUUCCGCCCACCUGUCCUGCCCGGCCCAACGGCCAGCUUGACUCGGCCAGCUGGGUGCCGAACUGAACAACCCGGUCGGGCCACUUCCAGCCACCAUGGCCGCCGUGACAACUUCGCCGCGAAGGCAAUCGUCAUCAAAUGGCACAAUUCGCCGGAAACCCAUCCCGCUGCAUGACCUCAGCCCGGACCAAUGCGACUGGGAAGACAGUGGGAAGACUCUGCCGAGCGUUCCUUUAGGCGGGUCUCCGAGGUUACGCCAGCCGCCUCUAUCGCCGGUCAAGGUGGAAUUCCACCCUGAGCACUGGCCACAGCCGUCGAACGUGAGCAUCGAGACAGACGACUUCCUUCCGAGUGUCAUGGCCCCCAGUAUCCCCGAACGCCCACUGCCCAAAACGCCGCAAGCUCCAACGCCUCCACCACAUACUCCCGUGAUAGCACAGCCUCAGCAGCAGGCUCUGCCAGGCUGGGGAGGCAGCAUCCGCACCACCCCGAAGGGACGUGACAAUGCCCUCCCGACCCCUGAACCGCGGUCCCUGGAGCCUUCUCUGAGAGACAGCAUAGCCAGUCCGGAGCCGGAAGAUGCCAGUAUCAGUGGGGAGUCGAAAGCGCAAGAGGUGCACAGGCAUAGCCGGGACACCGACACGACAACGAGCACCGGCCAACAGCAGGCUUCAGCAGAGUCGUCAGCCACUACAAGUGCAAGCUCAAUAUCGGGGGUGAACGAGGCCCCCGAUAGCCAGGAGAAUGCUUCUCCCGAGAGCUCCAUAAUCGAGGAGCCAAACCAGCCUGUCCCUCAGCUCCAAUACCAUCACCAGGCGUUUCUACCGCGGGCCUCGAGCAUCUCAGCCCUCCAAGAGGCCAGAACACAGUCCAACCCCGACCUCACUGAGCAUCCUGCAAGUAUCAACCGCCACUUGACUCCCAACUCUCACUUGGGCGGAAGAACCUCGCUUCCCCGCCCCCGAUCUGCCUAUUCGGUAUACUCUGAUAUCGGACCUCGCGGUCGGUCCCCUGGGUUUUAUGGGGGCUCCCACGUCAGAGCGCCGUCUGCCCACUCACGAAGAUCCCCCGACAUUCGUCCCUCAUCGUACGCCGAACUGCUCAAUGUGCCGUAUCCGCAACCCGCGCCCGCGCCCAUCACGCUCGACAAUUCGCAGCUGCGCAAUGUCGUCGGGACGAACGCAUCUCUCCUCAGCACCCAGAAGACACUAGAGAUGUACAGACUGAAUGUGAAGAAGACCAACGACGUCUCUAUUCAAUAUUCUUUCGCCGUUUUCUUGAUCGCCACAGCACAAGAGCAGGGCUUGAAUUUCGACGACCACCGUAAAAGGAGCAGUCCCGCCAAGGGUCGGCAGAGCCCGCUUGUCGAGAACAGCGGUUCCUCGCCCCUCGACUUGGUUCGCGAGGCCCGCGCCAUUCUCCAGAAACUGUCCAGCAAUGGUUACCCGUUCGCGCAGUACUACCUCGCCGACGGUUACGCCUCGGGUCUGUUCAGCAAGGGCAAGGAGGAUUACAACGCGGCAUUUCCCCUCUUCGUCCUUGCUGCGAAACACGGCCACGCUGAGUCUGCCUACCGCGCCGCGCUAUGUUACGAGUUUGGCUGGGGCUGCCGCAAGGACCCCGCGAAAGCCGUCCUCUUCCUACGCACAGCAGCGUCCAAGAGGCACCCGGGUGCUAUGACCAGGCUUGGGAAGGCGUGCUUGUCCGGCGACCUGGGGGAAAAGCGGUACAGGGAAGGCAUCAAGUGGCUCAAGCUCGCGGCAGAAUCGGCCGACGCAAUAUACAACGCCGCUCCCUACCACCUCGGCUGCCUGUACGAGACGGGCUACGGAGACGACAUAUUUCAAGAUGAGAGCUACGCCGCCGAGCUCUUCACCCAAGCCGCCGACCUGGGUCACGCGGAAGCGAACUACCGGAUGGGCGAUGCGUAUGAGCACGGCAGGUUGAACUGUCCCCAUGAUCCGGCCCUGAGCGUACACUUCUACACGGGCGCUGCGGAGCGUGGCCACGCAGGCGCGAUGAUGGGUCUCUGCGCCUGGUACAUGGUUGGAGCAGAACCGCUCCUUGAGAAAGAUGAGGAGGAGGCUUAUGAGUGGGCCCAUCGCUCGGCCGAGCUUGGCUAUGUCAAGGCUCAGUAUGCAGUUGGCUACUUUACAGAAAUGGGUAUUGGGUGCCGGCGCGACAUGCUCGAAGCCAACGUCUGGUACGUCAAGGCUGCGGACGCAGGCGACGACCGCGCCAGGCAACGGUUGGCUGUAAUCAGGGCUGCCGCCAGUGGCGGUACUCCGAUGGAUGUCGGCCCUCCUCGGAACGGCAAGAUUAAGAAGGCGGAGGGAGGAAAGGACGACAAGGAGUGCGUUAUAAUGUGAGGUGUCGGCGCCCUGGCCGACGAAUCGAGCCGCCUGAGGAGGUAAUGGACGGUCGCGACAGGUCGGUGGUUGUGGAACCUAACCCUUUAGCCCUGCUGGUUCCUUGCCACGCGAAC